CGCACAGUUACAAUUUAUGUACCUGGCAAAUGGAAUAUAAGUAGGCAUUAGAGGACAGUUUUCUAUUUAGAAUAGAAAGAAUACUCUGUCUUUUUAUGCAGUGAUUUUAGGUGAGAACAUGCAUCCAGGCUCCAGCACUGAGUUCGACUCAUCAUCCAGCUGUAGCACAGCAUCGCCUGGCGGGGACACCCCUGGGUGCAGCCAGCAUCCUCCUGAUUCGCUUUCAUCAUCAGUGGACAGCGCCAAGGAUAUUGAGACCAGUGCAGGGGAAUCUUUUGCUCCGACUGUGACUACAAUCUCAGCCUCGCCGGAUCUAAGGUGGAUGGUGCAACCGACGGCCAUCACGUCUGUCUGUCCGUCGUCCGUUCGUACCAAGACCAAAGCUCGCGGCGCUAAGCAGUCUUCUUCCCCUGCAGGUGCAAACAAGUCGAAGCCCUCCAACAGGAAAGGGCAGAGAGAGCAGCCCUCCACAGAGGAGGAGGAAAGGAGGAGGAUCAGGAGGGAGAGAAAUAAAAUUGCUGCAGCAAAAUGUCGUAACAGACGGAGGGAGCUGAUAGACACUCUCCAGACUGAAACUGACAAGCUUGAACAAGAGAAGUCUGCGCUCCAGACAGAGAUAGAUGACCUGCUGAAGGAGAAGGAGAAACUGGAGCAGGUCUUAGUCUCCCACAAACCAUCUUGCAAACUCCCUGUAAAGGAUGCUGAUGCUGAGGAGGAUAAUGAAGAUAAUGUUAACACAAUGCUGCAGGAUCCUCCAGCCUCCCUGCAGCUGCUGUCCAUCUUAGAGAAUGGAAAAAACCCAGAGAGCCCGACAACAACUGGAGAAGCCCCUAGUGGUCAAGACAUGGACAAUGUCCCUUGCAUUCCAGCUGCAGCCAUUUUAGGGAACUCCAACAUCUUCCUGUGUUCGAGUGCUGAAGAGGAGGCUCUGGAGGACUUCACAGGAGAUGACCUGGAUGACUUGGUGCCAAGCCUAGAGAUGGCAGUGACCUCUGAGACACCUGCAUCAGUCCCUGACAUAGACCUGAGCAGUCCCUUCUGCCUCUCAGACUGGGAAACUCUGUACAAGUCUGUGGCGAAUGACCUUGAAUGUUUGAGCACACCAGACAUGUCUUCCAGUCCCACUUGUAGCAAUUACCAUACAGUAUUUUCCUUUAAUCACCCAGAGAUUGAUUCCUUAGCUGAGAGCUGUGAAAGCUUGAAAGGCAGCCUUGGUGCAUCCGAGUUAAUGAAAGAUCUUAACUCUCCAACACUUUUGGCCUUGUGAAUGCAAAGAGGUUAUGCAGUGAUACUGUAAUUGUAUUCUAACCAACCAGCAAGCUAUAAUCUCUCUCAAAUAAUAUUUUGUAAUGUGAGUUUUGAUGUGUAGAUGGUCGUGUAGAUGACAUACUUUCUGUGACUGUAACAGGGUUUGCAUCUUCCAUCCUGCCAGUGCAGUUCUGCUGGAGAUGCGACUUUGUACUGGUAAUUAAAUAUGCAUGCAAAUACAAGUUAUCUGUAAUUUGGGAAGUGAUAUCUUGUGUUUAUGAAAUCUCUAAACUUCAUGUGAAUUUAUAUCAUGUUCAGUAGCCUGUGUGAUACCUUUGACAUAACUGUGUUGUAACAAGUAAAAAUAGAAGAGUCGUGUAGCAUAUAGUAAUAUCGUGUUCAAAAUUUCCAUGAAAAAAAGUCAUGUAUUUUAUCAAGAUGUAUUUUAUGACAUAGUUUAUUUUUUUACUUAUCAAAAAAUAUCAACUGAAAAGUAUAACAAGGGAAAUAAAAUAUGGCAACCAAAACAAUGUUUUACCGUUAUUCAGUCAGGGUGACAAAUGUGAAAAAAACAUCCUCAGAACUUACAUUUAGUAG